CAGCACUAUCAUCAAACAUUCUGUACUACGCUAUCUCGCCCUACCCCACAGCGUUGUCCAUGGGGCGCCGCAAACAGCAAUCGAGGUGAACGUCCUCAGCAAGACACUCAAGUCAACACCACGCCAUGCGCUUGACCAUGGCACCGUCUGCGAUCCGGCUUCAGUGGCCCGCCCUAUUACAUGUCCCACUCCUGCUGUCUGUUUCUGUCGCUCAGAUGCCGUAUAAUCCAACUCGACUCCUUCACAAUGGCGACCAUCUCUACGUUUUUCAGCCCUCGACCAGGUCGUCCACCCAGUUCCAGCUAGGUUUCAUCGAUGUCUCGACUAAGAUCGAUGCCGCCAGUCUGCCGUAUACGACUCUCUACCCUACUCUGCCAUUUCUGGACGACAAAAUUCUACGCGCAUUCACGCCAGUACUCGACGAUGGUGGAAACCUGACCGUAUACACCGGAAACUGCUCGCAGGGCGCGAUCGGAGGCGAAGUCUGGAGCUUCACCUCAGCUUCUGGAGACAAGCAGAGCAGCUGGCUUCAGCAAGAUGUGUCAGUUGCGAGUGAUAAGCACAUUGCUACGAUAGGAGCAAACUAUCUGAGCAACGGCAUCUCGUUCUCUAGCAUCGUUGGAGGGAGCGCGGCAAAUAAAGGGGCUUACUUCUUCGGUGGCAUGUGCCCUAUCAUUGGUGACAGCUCCAACAACUGGCAGUCAGCUGCGAAUUACUCGAAUCUCAUGGUUACCUUGGAGCCGUCCAGCGAAGAGGACAGUGCCGUUACAUACCAGAUGGACGUCUCGUCAAGUCGAGGCCCACCAAUACCAGAAGCUGGUUUCACCAUGACCGGACUAUCACCCACAUACUCGAAUCGCAGUGAUGGAUCGCAGACAAAACAGCAGAACUUUGUUCUGAUAGGCGGACACACCAGCGCUGCCUUCAUCAACAUGUCCCAGGUUGCCUUGUUCUCUUUACCAGAACAAGGAUGGACCUUCAUUGGCGUCCAACAGCCUGACGCUUCGCACACAGACCUGGCCACGCGCGAUGUCACUACUGUCGAUCCACGCUCAGGUCACACUGCUGUGUUGUCAUCAGACGGGCAACAGAUCAUUGUCUAUGGUGGUUGGGUUGGAGAUAUCAGCUCCCCAGCGGAGCCUCAACUAGCAAUUCUGAACAUUGCAGACGGUUACGGCGGCAAUGGCAAGUGGCAAUGGCUAAUCCCAGAUAGUAACUCAGGUAAUGGUCCUUCGAGCAGCUCCAGCCUUUACGGCCACGGCGCAGUUAUGCUCCCUGGUGGCGUAAUGAUGGUUACCGGCGGCUACUCAAUUACGACAUCCGGAUCACGACGACGAAGAGCCACCCCGACUGCGAAUACGAAGGCGUACUUUCUCAACGUUACCUCCAAUUCUUGGAUCGCUGACUACUCCCCGCCAUCUGGACCUUCGAGCUCCGAGCCAGCACCGACAGGACCUUUAUCUAGCCCAGGCCAAAAAGCAGGGCUGGGUGUCGGAAUCGGAAUCGGGCUGGCUGCUGUAUGUGGCUUAUUCGCCUUUUAUAUGUGGUACACCAGGCGGCUACAAAAGCAACGUGGCCUACGGGAGAAGCAGCUGCAGGAUCUUUCGUUUGCAGCUCAUAGAUAUAACAUUGAUGGCUACUCCCCCGCAUUUGAUGGCCGGGGAGGUCAUGUAGACGCAAUGGAGUAUCUUGCUAGUCAGAACGGAUCUUACUACUUCCCGCCGGGUAGUCAAGGUGGUCAAGGCUGGAAGAGCGCACAUGGACAAGACGCGGAGAGGACAGGCCUUCUUCUCGAAAUUCCCAGCCCCACUCGAGGGUUGCGACGCAGUCUUAGCGGAAAACCUGCAUAUGCAAUGGGUGCGGUUCGGGGCCCAGGCCAAAUCCACCCGAUUGACGAGCUGGAAGAAGAGGAAGAAGAGGCUGAGAAGACUACUGACAAGACUUCUCUGACUGAAAGACAUGAGAUGAGUGAGCGAAGGGCGGAUCCAACCUCAUCAGUGUUCGACAACGCGCCACACCUUGAUCCUUUCUUUCAUGCUCAGCGCCAGAGCGGUGCUAAGAAGACUGUCUUCCGUUCUGCCUCCUCUUCUCCGGUAUUGGAGGAUGUCAAAGAUCACGAUGAGCUGAUGGCCGAAUGGCCUGGACCUAGUGCAACUGUCAAUCGCCGUUCGAAUACAGUCUCUACUGGGAACAUUGCCCCCGACAAGUCCUUAUCGGAUGAGCGUACAAACUCAAACCUAAGCGAGAGGAGUACGCGAUCAAACCUUUCAUGGACAUCUUCGCACGGCAGUCUUGCCAGGAGUGCGUCCGUACGCGCGGCUAAUAUCACCGCCACCGCUCAAUCAAAUCCAUUUCGGUCACCAGAUGCUAGCCCCACCCACGACAGACCACGCGGAUACAGCGAAAGUAGUAGAAAAACUCCAGCAGAUCCACGGACGCAGUCGUUCAGCAGCGUGCGUAGCAAUGGCUAUGCAGACAUUGAGUCGUUCAGGACUGCACAAUCUUCUUUCGCUCACCUCCAAGCCGAAGGUGAGGUGUUACUUGGCGAAAACCUGGAGAACAUCCGUCCUGGUACUUCGUCAACCUCAAAUGGAUCGAAUUCGCAUACGUUUGGGGACACGGAAGCAAGCAACAGCCGUGCUGCAACAGCCACGCCGGCGACCUCUUAUGCGCUGAACAUGUCACGCCCAGAGAGUCGAGACGUGAGGAAGAGUUGGUUAGGCAGUGUACGGAGAGUGCUACGCAGGUCAGCCUCGGGCGCUGACCGAACUCGAUCCCUCACAAACACAAUCUCCUAUCAUGAGCCCUACACAGAUAACCCUGUCUCACCAGUCGAGGCUUCGACGAUCGACAAUCGCAAGUCUUUCCCGUCCAAUCUACCACCUCGAAGGGCCGCCUCCGAUGCAAGCUUCUGGAAGAGUAGACGAGGCAAACAUGACUGGGAAGAAGAGCUAGAAAUUAAGUGGACACGGAAUAGUGGUGACGAUUGGGGUGCACCAGAAGAUAUUGCUCGAGCGGAGGAGGAUCGUAUGCGACAGGAGUGGCGAGAUAGAGGCAACUUGCUUGUUAACCUGACGUCUGACGAUGAGUUACCCACACCACGCACACCAAUAGCACCGAGCGAACUGGGCAUACCAAGCGUGGAUCACCGGCCCUGUACUCCUGCUGAUGAAGGCGACUGGGACGUCGAGGCCGCUGUUGAGCGUCGUGUCGUUCAAGUAAUGUUCACAGUGCCCAAGUCAAAGCUCCGCGUCGUCAACGCCGAUCCUGAUGGAUCUAGCAUUCUCUCACUCCCUCGUGAGAACUCUAAGGAGGGCGACAAUCUCCUAAAAGGCGACACGAAUGGCUCGCCUAGCCGAGUCAAGGAUCUGGCCGGCAAGUUUGAGCAGAUGUCAGGUUCGAAGAUUUCGUCCCCACGAAUGACACCUAGGGCAAGUCCGGUGCCAAGUCCAUCCCCAAGCGUCAGAAGCAUGAAGGUCCGGGCGAAACGUAGCUCAACUUCUUUGAACAGGCAAGGCUUAGGCCAAGGCAACCCAACGAGGCCUCUGGCAGACCUUAAGGCGAAGGACAACAUUGUCGAAAAGUGAAUAUACUUCGAAUAAGCGAGGCUCGAGCUGGGUCUGUUCAUGGAGUUUAUUUUGCUGUAUAUUUUGUAAAUCGUGCGCUAGCCACUUGGGUGGUUACUUGAUACGAUGUUCAUGAAUGAGCGUUUGGCGUUGGUAUAGCCUUUGAAUAAUGGUGUCGAAGAGGCAUGAGCUACGUCACCAGGGUACAUAGCACUUUAUGCGCUCUUAGUUCAUUGAAAACAUCUCUACAGAUAUGUGUUGUCGG